AUGCGAGAUUCCUCCACUGGGCCAUCUUCAUCGGGCUCUUCUGUUGGGCCUUCCACUAGUGACCAUUUGUCCACUGGCUCCUCUGUUGGGCCUUCUUCCAGUGGGCCUCCUUCUACACCCUCUGCUUGUCCACUACUGGCGCCUACUGACCCGCCACCCCUCCUCUGCUCCCAUCCGAUGCAGACACAGGCCCAGAGGGGAAUUUUUAGGCCCAAGCAGCGUUUGUUUGUCACUCAGCUCUCCCCUGGGCCUCCGCCGCUAGAGCCUCUCACAGUGAGUGAGGCACGGAAAUACAAGGAGUGGGAUGCGGCCCUCACUGCUGAAAAUUCAGCUUUGUUGGCUAAUGACCCAUGGGAGCUUGUUCCACGACUUCCGCAUUAUAAUGUUCUUGGUAAUCGGUGGGUUUUUCGGGUCAAGCAUCAUUCUGAUGGGUCUAUUGAGCGUUUCAAAACGCGCUUGGUUGCUAAAGGUUUUCAUCAACGACCUGGUCUUGAUUUCACUGAUACAUUCACUCUGGUGGUUAAGCCUGUCACUGUUCGUACUAUUUUUACCUUGGCUCUCACUCAUGGCUGGUCCAUUGCUCAGUUUGAUGUGAAUAAUGCCUUUCUUCAAGGACCCUUGGAGGAUGAGGUCUACAUGGUUCAACCUCCUGGGUUUGUUGAUCCUUCUCGACCACAUCAUGUUUGUCGUCUUAAGAAGGCAAUUUAUGGGCUUCGUCAGGCACCACGGGCUUGGUACACUACACUGUGCUCCUUCCUCCAGGACUUUGGCUUUCAGAAGACUCAUUUUGAUGCCUCUCUGUUUGUCUACUCUCGUGGGCGCACACUUCUCUAUUUUUUGGUCUAUGUUAAUGAUUUGCUUCUCACGGGCAACGAUCCUGCUGUGCUUAUCUCUUUUCAGCAGGCUCUUUCUCAUCGAUUCUCUCUUAAGGCUCUUGGUGAUGUCAACUAUUUCCUGGGCAUUGAGAUUAUUCCUACCGCGACUGGUUUUCUGUUGUCUCAACAUAAGUAUAUGGUUGACAUUCUUCAUCGGUUUCUUAUGAUGGAUGCCAAGUCCAUUGACACACCUAUGGCUGCCUCCGCCACUCUAACUCUUGAUGAUGGCACUACUCCGGCUGAUGCCACCAGGUUUCUCCAGGCAGUGUGUGCACUUCAGUACCUUGUCUACACUCGUCCUGACAUUGCUUUCUAUGUGAACAAGCUUUCUCAGUAUAUGCAUGCUCCGACUGCUCAUCACUGGCAAUGUGUCAAACAUCUUCUUCGCUAUAUCUCUGGUACUCUCACCUUUGGCCUCUCCAUUCGGCGCUCUACUACUCCCUUGACAUUGACAGCUUUUGCAUAUUCGGAUUGGGCAGGCAAUCCGGAUGACCGCUCCUCCACUACUGGUUAUCUUGUCUAUCUAGGGGCUACUCUUAUCUCCUGGCGGUCACAGUAG